CCACGCUGAAUCUCCCGCGAACGCAGCCAUUUACUCUUUCCCUCUUCGCUUCAGCGCCGGGAGAACACGAGACCACGACAGAACAACAAUGGCAGAAGUCGUCGAACCAUCGGUCCAAUUUAAGCUUGUAUUGGUGGGAGAUGGAGGAACGGGAAAAACAACUUUCGUGAAGAGACACUUAACGGGCGAGUUCGAGAAGAAAUAUGUUGCCACUCUGGGAGUAGAGGUUCACCCGCUGGUCUUCCACACCAACAGAGGGCCCAUCAAGUACAACGUGUGGGACACAGCUGGUCAGGAGAAGUUUGGUGGUCUCCGCGAUGGCUACUACAUCCAAGCCCAGUGUGCAAUCAUUAUGUUCGACGUCACGUCUCGAGUCACCUACAAGAACGUCCCCAACUGGCAUCGUGAUCUGGUGCGCGUGUGCGAGAACAUUCCCAUAGUCCUCUGUGGCAACAAGGUAGACAUCAAAGACAGGAAAGUCAAAGCCAAGAGCAUCGUGUUCCACCGCAAGAAGAACCUCCAGUACUACGACAUCUCCGCCAAAAGUAAUUACAACUUUGAGAAGCCCUUCCUCUGGCUAGCGAGGAAGCUGAUUGGCGACCCCAACCUGGAGUUUGUGGAGAUGCCAGCCCUCGCUCCCCCAGAGAUCCAGAUGGACCCCUCCCUCGCCGCGCAGUACGAGCUCGACCUCAAAGUGGCAUCAGAAACAGCUCUCCCAGAUGAAGACGAUGACCUUUAACCUGUUAACUAUAACCCCCCCCCCCCCCCCCCCUCCCACCCCCGCAGUGACCAGAAGUUGUUGGAGUUUGGCCCCCUUACUGUAAAAUCCCGUUGCAGAUUUAUUUUUAUUUUUGAACAUUUUUUUUUCUCUCGUUUUGUUUGUGUUUUAAAAAAACUGAAAAGACAAACUUGGUGAAGUUGUGUGUUUCUCUAAUUUCACUGUAAGACACACCCACCCUAGUGUUGGCAUGGCAAUGUGCUACCCAUCAUUGAGCACCAUUCACUGCUCUUACCCAGCUCACACAUGCUGAUGUAAGGCCAACCAGAAGCACUACGGGGAAUAAACUUUGAAUAAAAACAUUCUGAAUAUA